ACUGACAAUCUUUGAAAAAGCGGCGCGGCUGAUUCAAGAUGGCGGAGCUGGAGCAGCUGCUGGACGAAAGCUCUUCAGCUAAAGCUCUCGUGAGUCUGAAAGAAGGAAGUUUGUCAAACACCUGGAAUGAGAAGCACAGUGCACCAAAGUCCCAAAAUUCAAAGGGAAGAAAUACCUUUUCAAUGGAGACGCCAACAAGAAGUUCGAAGAGGAGCCGUUUGACCUGUGACGAGGACGACCGAGAGAUCAGCUCCCGGUCUCCCAGAAGAAGCCAGAGAGUGACGACUGUGCCUCAGAAAUUUGCAAAUGUUUCUACACCAGAUAAGAGGGUUUCACAAAGGAUCGGAUUAAGAUUGCGAAACCUCCUCAAACUCCCCAAAGCACACAAGUGGUGUAUUUAUGAGUGGUUCUAUUCAAAUAUUGACAGGCCUUUGUUUGAAGGAGACAAUGACUUCUGUCUCUGUCUGAAGGAGUCCUUUCCGAACUUAAAAACCAGAAAGUUAACCAGAGUAGAGUGGGCCACAAUCAGAAGGCUGAUGGGAAAGCCAAGACGGUGUUCGUCCGCUUUCUUCGCUGAAGAGCGGUCGGCGCUGAAGCAGAAGAGGCAGAAGAUGCGCUUGCUGCAGCAGAGGAAGUUCACCGACGUGUCGCACUGCAAAGACCUGCCGGAGGAGAUCCCGCUGCCCUUAGUGAUCGGGACCAAAGUCACCGCUCGCCUGAGGGGGGUCCACGACGGCCUCUUCACUGGCCAGAUCGACGCCGUGGACACGAGUGCGGCCACCUACAGGGUGACCUUCGACAGGAACGGUUUGGGAACGCACACGGUCCCGGACUACGAAGUCCUCAGCAACGAACCUCACGAAACGAUGCCCAUCUCGGCGUUCGCUCAGAAACAGAGGCCCUCUCGGUUCCAGUCGCUGGUGACCCCUCCCCGUUUGGCUUACCCCCCCUCGGCUCAGCCUGCUAUGAUGGGUAAUGAUCCACUGCUGGGGCAGUCACCAUGGAAGAACAAACUGCCUGGCACGGAGGGUGAUACCCUGGGUGGAUUCCCUGUCAAAUUCCUUGUACAAGUUACAAGACUAUCCAAAAUUCUCAUGAUUAAGAAGGAACAUAUUAAGCAGCUGAAGGAAAUGAACACUGAAGCCGAGAAGCUGAAAUCCUACUCGAUGCCGAUUGGGUUCGAGUUUCAGAAGAGAUAUGCAACCAUCGUGCUCGACCUGGAGCAGCUGAACAAGGACCUCAACAAAGUCUUACACGAGGUGCAGCAGUACUGCUAUGAGCUGGCUCCGGAGCAGGGCAUGCAGCCGGCCAAUCAGCCCACAGACCUGAGGCGACGCUGUGAAGACCAGGCCCAGGAGAUGGUCCGACAGGCCAACGCCCUCCCCGGCGGCCAGCACUGUGUCCGCAGCCAGAGCCUGAGCGACCUCAUCUCCGGGCUCACCGCUCUGCUGCUGCAGAUAAAGUGUUUGGCUGAGGGAAAUGACUUGAAUUCAUUUGAAUUUAAAUCAAUAACAGACUCUUUAAAUGACAUCAAGGACUCCAUAGACGAUUCCAACCUCAGCUGUUUUCAGAACAACGUGGAGAUCCACGUGGCUCACAUUCAGAGUGGCUUGAGUCAGAUGGGCAAUCUUCACGCUUUUGCUGCCAACAACACCAACCGAGUUUGAAGUUCAUGACCCCUUCAGUGUUGUACAGUAAAAGUCCAAAAAUCUGUUCGCUGUAUAUAGUGUGUCAAACCAGUAUUUAAGUGUUAUGUCCACAGACCUCAACAGUGGAAGUACUAUACCAAUCUCGUACACACCUCCAGCUUUGUCAUUUGAAAUGUUGUGAUAACUUGUCUCUCACACAGGGGCCUCCAAGCUGUUUAAAUGGCAGGUCCAAAUCUGGAUAUUCGGUGUCUGUUUUCAAAAAUGUUUAAAUGAUCUCCAUUUGUUACUCAUACACUUUAAUGUACUCCCAGGGACUUAUCUUCAGUUUAACUUACCAUCUAUUGGUUACCGGAUCUUGCAUCUGUUGGUUACCGGAUCUCCCACCCCUGCCACAUCUCAUUAUUCCACACUACAAAGAUUUGUACAUUUCAUAUUUAAACAUGUCAUUUAGGGUCAGGUUUACCUGCUGAUAUUGCCGGAGUUGCCCUUUUUUUUUUUUUUUUUUUGGUUUUCUGUUCAUUAUAGGAUAAAACAACUGUUGGAAUUCUAAGAUUGAUUUCUUGACUGCAGAAAGAAUUUCGCCUGAGCACAAGUUUUUUUGUGAUUCACACUUAAAACUGCACCACCUGUAAAUGUAAUGUGAAAUUACACUCAUUUUGAGGAACAUUUAUAUUUGAGAAGCAACAACUGGUUGAUUGGUUCUGGACAAAAAUGCUAGCUUUAGGGGAGGUUCUUUUGACUCCCUUAAGAAAUGGCCAGUGACCCCUGCUCUGCAGAGACUGGCUUGAGAAUGGCCCUGUGUUUUUGAGCAUUGCUGGUGCAGUUAAAGCAAACCUGUUGACAUCCUUGUGCCAAACAGGACUUCAUGCAGCUUCUUUGUACUGUUCAUUGUACAUUUAAUUCAUGUCAGGUAUGUGAUUUCUGACAAACAGAAUUGAUUAACCUUAUUCUGAAGAUUUGCAGGGCGUGUAAAUGCGUAAAAAUAUGGUUUUUUAAUAUUUUGCAUGUUGCCGUUAUCUCUUAAUGAUGGAGAGAUAUAUGCAGCAGAAUGUUUAAAAUAGAGGACAUAUUUUUUGUAAUUUACUAUAUUCCUGUUAUAGCAGGCAUGGCAAGGCUCCCCAUUUUAAACUUUUCCAGGAAGACUUUGUAGUGAUUUUACAUAAUUCUAAAAAUGUAAAGGCAGUCAUCUUUGACAAGUGUGUAGGAUUUAUUGUACAUGUUGUUCAGGACACCUUGAGUAUUCAGAGGUGACUUUUAUACUUUUCUGUAAGUACAUUGAUACAAUUUUUAUUCUCCGUUUUUAUAUAAGGUUGUCACUUUGCUAUUUUUCUAAAGCAGAGUUGUUUUCUUCAUCCUGACGAGCAACAUCCGUUCAGUAUAUUUAUGGGUGACUACCCUCCUUCCCUUGUUUAUGUAAAUACCUAAAAUCUGUAGGUAGGAAACGCCCCCCAACCUGUUUGCAGGAAACUUGCAGCUACUGUAUAUAUUACAUCACUGACACAACUUAACAUAAAAAUUGAAAGCGCAAAAUGUAAUGACUAUUUAUAACUUGAGUUCACUGGGUGGGUGUGUAAGCGGUUUGAGCAUUCUAGCUAAGCUUGUGCAUUUGUAAGUAUUUUUCUUGCAGGUUAUUUUAAUUAAAAUUUGUGUUCAAACAAA